GAAUUCACUUUGAACUUUUAACUUUGAAGUCAACAACACUAACUAAUGCCCGCAGGUGCCAGGUAUCCAUAUAUACCUAGAUACAGAACAGGACCCACUUUCAACUUUUUAGUACAUACAUAUGUAACUACUAGGUAGUUACUAGGUACUGUGCAAUACCGUGACUACUAGUAGGCUGUAGCACUGUAGCACGUACCAGUGACCUAUGAUUGGCUUAUUCCUUCCUAUCCUCCAGAAUUUAUUCCCUAGGAUUUCCCCAUCACGUCGUGCUUGCUGAUGCAAGCUUGAUCAUAAAGAAACCGUCUUUCCGCGUUAACUCUUCAUUAAUCUACUCUUCAUCUUAAACUUUCUUCCCUUUUUUCUUUCCUUUUUCUUUUUCAUCCACUCACCUUCACUCCUUUCAUCAAUCAAUCAAUUACAUUCUAAUCAAUCAAUCAACUGAUCAACCAAUACAAUGAGUGAUCCUCGCGACCACGAUCAGCCCGAGUCCGAAGACGAGGAGGAUUUCAAUCCAGCGCCUGCCGACCUCAGUGACGAGGAAAAUCAGGAUGAUGAUGAGCACAACCAACCCAAGCCAUCAAGAAAAUCCUCGCCUUCUCGUACUGGAAGAGGUGAUAAUGAUGACGGCGAUGAGGAAGACGAGGAUGCGGAGGGCGAGUUAGGUGGUGUAAAUGAGGAAGACGACGAAGAGGAGGAGGAUGACGAAGAGGAUGAGGAUGAUGAAGUCCAAAGCCACCGUCGCAAACGUCGUCGCAACAACCGAAAUCACUUUGUCGAUAUUGAAGCUGAAGUCGACGAAGAAGAUGAAGCUGAAGAUGACGAAGAUGCUGCUGAAGAAAACGAGGGAUUUAUUGAGAACGAAGAUAUUGACAACUUCGGCGAACAAAGUCGACUCGACGAUAGAAGACAUCGAGAACUCGACCGACAACGCGAUGCCAUCACCCAGGAAGACCUUGAGAAAGCUGCCGAAGGAUACGUACGCAAGUAUGGCAAUCGUCGCACUGCUAGAGGCAUGGGCGAUUCCGCUAUCGUUCCUCAGCGCCUCCUUCUCCCAAGUGUUGAGGAUCCUGGCAUCUGGGGCGUACGAUGCAAAGAAGGAAAGGAGCGCGAGGUGAUCCAGGCCAUCAUGAAAAAGGUUAUUGAGCGAAUACAUUCCAAGGAGCAAAUGGCUAUCACGGGAGCCUUUGAAAAAGCUGGCCCCAAUUCCAUCAUGAAAGGUCUCAUCUACGUAGAAGCCCCCCGACAAACCGACGUUUUGUUGGCUCUAGAGGAAAUGAUGAACGUGUAUCCCCGCUCCAAGCUCCUCCUCGUCGAUAUCAAAGAGCGGCCCGACCUCAUGAGAGUUCAGAAGACGCCUACUCUAGAACCCGGUGCCUGGGUACGGCUACGCAGACCCGCCAAACAUGCAGGUGACCUUGCCCAGGUUCUUGACAUCACAGAGAACGGCCUCGAUGCUAGGGUCCGUUUCAUUCCCAGGCUCGACUACGGACUACGCGACGAGUCCAUGUCUAUGGGCAUUGAUGGGAAACGAAAGCGCCCAGUCGCUGGCCCAAAGCCUCCUCAGAGGUUGUUCAGCGAAGUCGAAGCCCGAAAGAGACACCCACGCACCUUGCAAUACAGCAGCCAGACCAAUACCUGGAAUUACAAUGGCGACGAGUUUGAGAAGGGUUUCCAUGUCAAGGAUAUCAAAAUCCAGCACUUGGUUGUGAGCGAUGUCAACCCGACGCUGGAGGAGGUUACUAAGUUUGCCUCUGGCGGUGAGGAUGGUGUCGAAAACAUUGAUCUCAAAUCCCUCGCGGCCAGUCUCAAAGACAGUAAUGCCAAUGUUGCGUACCUUCCAGGUGAUGUCGUCGAAGUCUACGAAGGUGAACAGAAAGGCGUGGUUGGCAAGACUACGAAUGUACAAGCAGACAUUGUCACUAUUGAAGUCACGGAGGGUGAUCUAUACGGACAAACUAUUGAAGUGCCUACCAAAGGUCUCCGUAAACGAUUCCGAACCGGUGAUCAUGUCAAGGUCAUCGGGGGCAGUCGAUAUCGGGAUGAGGUGGGCAUGGUUGUGAACAUCUCUGAGGAUCGUGUCACUCUCCUGACCGAUCAAACAACCACCGAGAUCACUGUCUUCAGUAAAGAUCUAAGAGAGGCCAGUGACAUCGGUGGUCAGGGAUCUCUAGGCCAGUAUUCAUUGCUUGAUCUAGUCCAACUGGAUCCUACAACUGUUGGCUGUAUCGUCAAGGUUGACCGAGAGACAUUGGUUGUGCUUGAUCAAAACGGUGACGCGAGACAAGUGAUGCCCUCUCAGAUCGCUAAUAAAUUGCCAAAGCGAAAACUUGCCGUGGCCGCCGAUCGCACCGGAUCUGAAAUCAGGCCUGACGAUGUCGUUAAGGAAAAUGGCGGCAUGGGACGACAGGGCAAGAUCAUCCACAUCCACCGCAUGUAUGUAUUCUGUCAUACAAACGCCACCAACGAGAACGCUGGCGUCUUCGUGGCCAAGGUCAGCAAUGUGUCUACUGUCUCGGCCAAGGGUGGCCGUGUAAGCGCUGCCAGUUCUGGUCCUGAUUUGUCUGUCAUGAAUCCUGCAAGGCGGUUGAACCCGAGUGGAGGUAGGAACGACAUGCCGCCUCCCAAGGCCUCAUUCGGGCGUGAUAAGCUUAUCGGCCAGACUGUUACGAUUCGAAAGGGAGGCUGGAAGGGUUCGCUUGGUCGCGUCAAAGACACCACUGAUACACACGCGCGUGUAGAAUUGCAUAGCAAGGGCAAGGUUGUCAGCGUAGCGAAAACCGAUAUCACAGUCCGUGAUAGUAUCACAGGUCGCGAGAUCAAGAAUUACGAUAACCGUCGUCCCGGCCAGGGCGGUCCCGGCAAAUCUUCUCAGGGAAAUACAGAUUGGAGUGGUGGGCGAACUCCCGUAGGUGCCGCCUCGUCACGAACCCCUGCCUGGAAAACUCCGUCUGGGGGGGCGAGUGGCGGGCGUACUCCAUCAUGGAAUAGAAGUGGUGAUGGUGGCCGGACGCCUGCAUGGGCUGAUGGCUCUCGCACGGUCAACCCUUAUGAUGGAAGCAGAACCUCUUAUGGCUCUGGAAGCCGAACUCCGGCUUGGUCUUCAGGUGCCAAGACACCAGCCCCGGACCAUUUCAGUCACGGAUCCAAGACGCCCGCAUACGGUGGUAGCAAUGGUGAUAGCUGGGGUUCAAAAACGCCAUACGGUGCAUCUGCAGCCACUCCUGGAGCAACUGGAAACGACGCGUGGAGCUACACGCCUGGUGCGAGCGGAUCGUCGAACGCGUACGAUGCGCCAACACCGGGUGCUGGUCUUCUCGGUGCUCCUACACCUGGAGCCAUGAAUGCACCAACGCCCGGUGCCUACAAUGCCCCCACGCCGGGCGCCAUGAAUGCACCAACCCCUGGCGGGGGUUGGCAAGGAGGGUGGGGAGCUGAUUCAGCACCCACGCCUGCUGCCGCUGCCCCUACACCUGCGGCGAGUGGUUUCGCAUCUUCGAGCGGAUACUAUGGAGCUCCUACGCCCGGCGCUUACAGUGCGGAAACACCCGCUGCUGGUCCGCGCUAUACCGAUGAUGACUAAGUAAUUUGGGGGUAUCAUAAAAGGCCAGGCAUGGAAUUAGGAGUGACAAGGUGUUUCCGUAGUUUUAUUUUUGCUUUUUACGGUCGUCGGCCCCCCCAAUGUAGUAUUAGACCCGAGGUAGCCGGCCUCUCAAAUGAUGAAAGACUUUCUACAUUUUUUGUUAGUGG